UGAAAUUAAAAACAUGCUAAAUGUGGGUGGUUGAGUAACAUGGGAUUUGGUCCAAAUAUGCUAAUAUUUGUUGGUAGUGGCUAGUUUAACUUAGUGUGGAUUGCAGUCACUGACAAUUAUUGAAGUAUUCUUUAUACUUCUGUCUAGAAAUCAGUCCAUAAUGUUACUCCUCAAACCAUUUGUUCUGUCCUGCUGCAUAUCCUAGUGAGGUGUGGUCCAAUUGCUUAAGCCAUAAUUAACAAAAAAAAAUGCCAUUUACUUGGCUUAGUUUCAGUUUGUGCUAAAAAUCCGUCACUCAUUGUAGUUUAGUCAUACUGUUUCCUCUUAGUCAGAGCCACUGGUCCAGCCAGUUUAGCAUCUUUCAUUCAAGUGCAUUCCCAGCAACGUACUAGGUAACGUGAAUGCUGAGAUGCAGCCUGAACUUCCUAUCGGACCACUCAACUCGCAGACAGCUGUCUGUCUGAACACCAAGAGACCCUUCGUUGAGUGAUUAAGAGGCCCAAGCUUCCUUCGAUACACAUCCCUGUGUGAAAAGCUCUGAUGUUGAUCCAAGUUUUUCUGGGGCACCUGGUUGUGGCCCUAGGCCUGCUCCUGCCCUACCCUGUCUGUGAGGCCACCUCUCUGGGUGCAGUGGUCAAUGUUGUCCCUCUAGAGAAAAGUGGAGGAAAUAUGGUGAGGGCCCACUACACCGUGAUCUCUGCCCUUCCCUGUCCUACGUUCUCCGGAGUGUGUCAGACAGGGGAAGACUGUGUCGUGCAUACCACCUCGUUACCCUACACAGGACAGAAGCCCGCCUCAGGCUGGUGUGUCCGCCAAUGGCAGAGGACCAUUCCCAGCAACUACAAGGCCACCGUGAAUGUGGGGUCCAACGUGAAUGUGUUUCUGUUCUUGUGGGCUGGACCCUCCAACCAGUCUAACCCAUUGAGACUAAACCAGCCCCCUUACUGCAGCCUGCCUCCUCCUCUCAGGGCUCGUGUGAACUGCCCACAUCACUUCCCACUGACGGUGAAGGACCUGGAUGGGGACACAGUGCUCUGUCGCUUUGCCCAGGCUGACCUUGGAGAAUGCCUUGACUGCCCCCAGUACAACUUUCUGAAGAUGGAGGAGGAGACGUGUACGUUGUUGUACAACGGUAAAUCAUCCGCUGGCCAAUACUCUGUGCAGCUGAUGGUGGAGGACUUUUCAGGCCAAACCCAAACCAACAAACCCAAAGCACUCAGUUCCAUCCCACUGCACCUGUCCCUUACAGUGGAGGAGGCGUCCUCAAGCUGCACUGCUGAGCCGGUCACUACAGGACUGACACCAACAGGGGGAGCCACUAUCUACGUUCUGCCCUAUGAGCAGAUCAACGUGUCUGUCACCUUUCAUUCUGACCUAGAGAGCGUGUCAGAAAUAGUGGUGGUUGGUCCCCCUGGCCUCUUCAGGACAGCGCUGGAAACCAAGGGUUCCCUGGCCACCAUGAAUCUCACAUGGGUCCAGAGCCCCAGUAACAUGCCCUCCCCUCUUUUGCCCCUUUGUUUCCUGGCCAACACCAACAGUUUGCAGUCUGAACCCAGAUGUGUGUGGCUUUACCAAAGACAGAUGGAGACCUUUCCCACUGGAACAGAGCUGACCUGUGGGAAGACUGAGAUGCAUCUGGUUCUCCCCAUUUCCACCCUGAAGAACCUGGUUGUGUCAGAGCUCCAGCUCAACCAUCCUUCCUGUAGUGUCACGUCCAACUCCACCCAUGUGAUGGCCCGCAUCUCUCUGACUGGCUGCGGCACUAAGAGAGUGCACUCUGGUUCAGAGAUGGUGUACACCAACACCCUGCGAAGUGUACGCAACACUGUCAUCAGUCGGCAGCCCACCCUGAUUAUGUCGCUCGCCUGCCGUUUCCCCGGCGUCGAGGCCAAGGGCCCGCGGUACGCCAUCAACAUGCCGUCGGAGCAGGAGACCUUCGGCAUCAUCAAGUUCUGGUUGGAGUUCUACCGGCCUGGGGAGGGGCCCAUGGCUAACAGAACUAAAAUCGCCAAGUUCCGCCACCUCCUCCCUUUCUCGCAGCGUGUCCGCCGAGAGACGUCGGUCCGCACCGCGAGCAGGCUGGACACACUGGACCUGCAUGUGUUCUCCAACACCUCUCUGGACAGGGCAGAGCUGAUGGUGGGCAAGUGCAUGGAGUCCGAGACAGAAGACAUGGCUGACAGCCACUGGAUCCUGGAUCAGGGGUGUUCGGCUGGAAAUGGAACCCUGGAGAUUCUGACUUCAACCCCCACUGUCAGGGUAUACCGAAUCAACCUGAGCACUAUCAAAACUAAAGGAACCACGAUGUACGUGGAGUGUACAGUGUAUCUCUGUGUCACCACGAGGCCCUCUCAGAAGUGCCCUGAUCAGUGUGACAGGGCCAGCAGCAACCAGGUAAUGGUUGACAACGUGCUGACCAGGAGCUACACCGUCCGCUCCGGCCCUGUUAGCCUCGUACCCACCACCGCUGCACUGGCAACUACCACUGUGGUCCCAGCAACCACCCCCACUGGUACCAUUAGUGCAACAGCAGCAACAACUACAACAGCCUCGAAUGCUCCGACUGAGGACUCAAACAUGGCAGUGGGCGUGGUCUUGGCUGUCAUUCAUGUCUUACUUCAAGGCCUGCUUCAUCACUGAAGAGAACAAGGCUUAUAAUUCCAAUGUUGUUCAAUUGUAGCUCUCGUGAAUUACUGCAUACUAAU